AUGACGAAACCAGCAGGGGAUGAAGAGUUGAUUCACUGGCCAACCGCAAGCCGAACACCUCCACCAGUCAAGACAGUGCACCAAAGGCUCCUACGAUCACCAAUGAGACCAUUCUCUACGGCGGUCACCAUCACCGACCCGUUGGUCAAAUACCAAACCCUCGUCAAAUCGGGAUUAUACUCGCCCGACCCUGCCCAGCAUCGGCUCGCAAGACAUCUCCGAAGCGUAUAUCUGCGCAUCAAAGACUACUCGCCGCGGGUCGAGUAUAGGCAAAGGCUCGAUGACGUGGCCCGCCUUACCGAAGCCAAGCAUCCGGACGAGGUGGCCCCUCGCGGGGUGCUCGCGUUGCAGAACCAUGGGAUAUGGCGCAACCCGCUCUUCCGUCAUCUCCUGCCUGCGGGUGGGAAAGCGGAUAGUCUCGCGUUGACAAGGGUGCUGCAGGGCCACCAUUCGGCCAUCGAAAUCGACUCUCCCAAGGGUCUUUUCCUGUCAGGAGAGGUGGGCACGGGGAAGUCCAUGCUUUUGGACCUGCUUGCCGACGCGCUGCCCACCAAGGGCAAGAGGAGAUGGCAUUUCAGCACCUUCAUGCUCUACGCUCUGUCGCAGCUGGAGAGCCGCAGGCGAUGCCAGGCCACGGGUGGUGCCGAUGCUGACGCCGAAUCCGAGCAUUCGCUCUUGUGGAUGGCAAAGAAGCUCGUGGAUGAAUCCCCAAUCCUCUUCCUCGACGAGUUCCAGCUCCCGGACCGAGCGGCGAGCAAGAUACUCAGCCAUCUGUUCAUAGCAUUCUUCCAGCUUGGCGGCGUGCUGGUCGCGUCGUCGAACCGAAUGCCCGAGGAGCUCGAGAGGGCCAGCGGUGUCGACUACACUCCAGGUCCUACGCGGGGCAUGAUGCGGAACAUGUUUAGCGGCUGGACCCGGACCAAGGGCGAGCUCUACGGCUCAACCAGCGAUUUCGCCAACUUCCUCGACGUCUUGAAGGCGAGAUGCGAUUUCUGGCAAAUGGAAGGUGCACAAGACUGGCGGAGAAAAGAAGAGGCGACGGCUGGUGCCGACCUGGUUCCGAAGACUUCGAGCCCCCACCCAGAAGGGGUCGAGCAGAACAGCACGGCGCCGGACAGCGAUGAGGGACGAAAGAGUCCACACGGCUACUUUAUUUUCGGGAAAGACGAUGAAUCUUGGCAGCAGCGGGUGCGAGGCCUGCUACCUUGGACAGCAGGAGACGCCGCCGUUCCGUGGGAGCCUUCCACGCGUGUGGUAUAUGGACGAAGAAUCCUCACAGCCCAACACUACAACGGCGUUGUACUCUGGGAUUUCGAAAAGCUCGUCGAGUCGUUUGGGCCAGCCGACUAUAUUACCAUGGCCUCGUCGUAUCAUUCAUUCAUCAUCGACCGAGUGCCGGUGAUGACUGUUUCUCAGAAAAAUGAGGCUCGACGAUUCAUCACCUUUCUCGAUGCCAUCUACGAGGCGCGAUGCAAACUCAUGAUCCGGGCCGAGAGCCCGCCGGAUCAAAUCUUUUUCCCCGAACGAGCGCCGACGAGCAGUUUCGGAGAUAUCCUCCAAAGCACCGACGACGCAACUUACGCCGAAACGGUGGCAGAUGUCUACCAGGACCAAAUGUCUCCCUUUCGGCCAAACGUCUCCUACUACGACGCAAAUUCGGCUACGUCGACGUAUAAUCCCGAUCAAGACUCCGACUUUGGUCCCCAGAAGCGCGACAUUGAUUUCGGCAAGACGAGUGCAUUCACGGGAGAAGAUGAGCGCUUUGCGUAUAAGCGUGCCGUCUCACGCAUGUGGGAGCUGUGUAGCGCGCGAUGGCACGCAAGAACGGGUGAUUGGUGGCAGCCUCUGCCGGCGGAGGCGAGGCACUGGGAAGGUGGUUCAGCUUCGCGACGAUUCGAGACGAGGGAAGGAAGCAGCCAAGCGGGCGGCGGCGAAGGCGUAGGCGACAGUGUGGAAGAGGAAGAAUCGGCAGGCCUGGCCAAGUGGAGGGUCAGGCAUCUAAGAAAGCAGCAACACGAGGGAUCGCAGAGCGAGGGCACGUGCGACGGCGGCAGCCGCAACAGGGUAUAA